AUGGGGAAGAUCACAUUCUUUGAGGAGACGAAAUUCCAGGGUCGCUGCUACAACUGCAGCAGCGACUGUGCCGACCUGCACACGUACUUCAACCGCUGCAACUCCAUCCGGGUGGAGAGCGGUGUGUGGGUGAUCUAUGAGAGGCCCAACUACAAGGGUUUCCAGUACAUCCUCAGCCCUGGGGAGUACACCGACAACCAGCAGUGGAUGGCCUUCAGUGACAGCGUCAAAUCCUGCCAACACUCUUGUGUCUUUCAGGUGUAUGGCAGUGCAUGGAAGCUGAGGCUGUACGAGAGGCCAGACUUCGAAGGGCAGAUGGUGGAGUGCUCCGACGACUGUCCCUCAGUGUACGACACCUACAAGCUGCGUGAGGCGUACUCCUGUGUGGUGACUGAUGGUGUCUGGGUGUUCUACGACCUCCCCAACUACAGGGGGCACCAGUACCUCCUGGAGCGGGGCGAAUACCGCCAGCAUGGCGACUGGGGGGCGUCCUCGCCUGGCGUCGGCUCCUUCCGCAGGAUCACAGAGUUCUAACUCUACCUCAGAUUGAGCCUGAACCAGGAAGUGAUUUGAGACCUUUUCAGAUGCCUACACUGA